GUAAACGACUACCAUCGCCAUUUUCUCAUCAUUGUUAUCCCGUUACUAUAUUUGCAAACAUGGACAAUGUUGACUUUGCUGAAUCUGUCCGAACCCGCUGGGCGAGGCGACUUGUUCGUGAGAAGGUCGCCAAGGAACUCAACAUUCUAACCGAAAGACUUGGUGAGGUGCCCGGAAUCCCUCCUCCAAACGAAGGCAGGUUCCUGGGCGGCGGCUACUCUCACGACAAUCUACCGUCUGAUCCCCUCUAUUCCAGCAUUAAGCCGGCUCCUCUAAAGGAGGCUCCUCGAGCAGAAGAGGAACUGCCGUCUCGAAAGGUGUGCAUCGUAGGCGCUGGUGUUUCCGGCCUCUACAUAGCCAUGAUUCUGGAUGAUUUGAAGAUCCCAAACCUCACUUACGACAUCUUCGAAUCCAGUUCCAGAACUGGUGGCCGUUUGUAUACGCACCAUUUCACCGACGCCAAGCAUGACUAUUACGACAUUGGUGCUAUGCGAUACCCUGACAUCCCCAGCAUGAAACGUACCUUUAACCUGUUUAAACGUACUGGGAUGCCUCUCAUCAAAUAUUACCUUGAUGGCGAGAAUACCCCUCAGCUGUACAAUAAUCACUUCUUCGCCAAGGGUGUGUCGGACCCCUACAUGGUGAGCGUGGCCAAUGGAGGCACGGUACCCGACGAUGUUGUCGACAGUGUUGGAGAGAAGUUACAACAGGCUUUCGGUUAUUACAAAGAGAAACUUGCUGAGGACUUCGACAAAGGGUUCGAUGAGCUCAUGCUCGUUGACGACAUGACCACCCGGGAGUACCUGAAGCGAGGCGGACCCAAGGGAGAGGCGCCCAAGUAUGACUUUUUCGCCAUCCAAUGGAUGGAGACACAAAACACCGGGACGAACCUGUUUGACCAGGCGUUUUCUGAAAGCGUCAUUGACUCGUUUGACUUUGACAACCCGACAAAGCCCGAGUGGUACUGCAUUGAGGGAGGAACAUCACUUUUGGUGGACGCCAUGGAAGAAACCCUUGUCCACAAGGUACAGAACAACAAGAGAGUUGAUGCCAUUUCCAUUGACUUAGACGCUCCGGAUGAUGGGAACAUGUCGGUCAGGAUAGGCGGAAAGGAUUACUCCGGAUAUAGCACCGUCUUCAACACCACCGCUCUGGGCUGUCUUGACCGCAUGGAUCUGCGUGGUCUCAACUUGCACCCUACUCAGGUAGAUGCCAUUCGAUGUCUGCACUAUGAUAACUCGACCAAGGUGGCUCUCAAGUUUAGCUACCCGUGGUGGAUCAAGGACUGUGGCAUCACUUGCGGUGGCGCAGCCUCGACUGAUCUGCCUCUACGAACUUGCGUUUACCCAUCAUACAACUUGGACGAUGGCGAUGGUGAGGCUGUUCUGCUUGCCUCAUACACUUGGUCUCAGGACGCAACUCGCAUUGGAUCGUUGGUGAAGGAUGCUCCACCCCAGCCGCCUAAGGAGGAUGAGCUCGUCGAGCUGAUCCUGCAGAAUCUGGCCCGCCUGCACGCUGAGCAUAUGACCUACGAGAAGAUUAAGGAGGCUUACACGGGCGUAUAUCACGCCUAUUGCUGGGCUAAUGAUCCCAAUGUCGGUGGUGCUUUCGCCCUCUUCGGUCCUGGCCAGUUCAGCAAUCUGUAUCCAUACCUGAUGCGGCCAGCGGCGGGCGGCAAGUUCCAUAUUGUCGGAGAGGCAUCUAGUGUGCAUCACGCCUGGAUUAUAGGUUCCUUGGAGAGCGCUUACACCGCUGUUUACCAGUUCCUGUACAAGUACAAGAUGUGGGAUUACUUGAGGCUGUUGUUGGAGCGCUGGCAGUAUGGUCUCCAGGAGUUAGAGACGGGGAAGCACGGGACGGCUCAUUUGCAGUUUAUUUUGGGUUCACUUCCAAAGGAGUACCAGGUGAAGGUCUAAGGCGAGACAGGUGCUACUGCAUACGAACGAUUUUAGAUUGAGAUUGUAGCAUUCCAUAAGUCUCAUAGAAAGUGUGAUAUUUAUUAGUCUCAAUCUGAGUCUCAGUUCGUCUGACAGUGUGUACCGUGACACAGUGAUUAGUAUAACAAAAUGUGUCAUUCCCACUGACCAGAAGCUGACGUCGAUGAGCCUUG